CACAAAGGUAUUAUUUUGGAUAAAUGGAAUACUGAUGCCCUUCGAAAUCCAGGUUUUAUGAUUUCUUCGAUUUGUGGACUGUUUUCUAUUUUUCGGGUUUUAAAAAAAAAUGGACAGCUAGUGCAUUUACGACAUCCAAUAAAAUAGUUUUGAUUGAAAGAGUCACAAUCGAAAAUUUAGGCCGAAAAGGGCAACAGAACUUUUUGAAUCAUGAGUAUCUCUGCAUCCAAGGCUAAACGUCUCGCAGCCAGAGCUGCUAAGAAGGGUGGCAAGGGUUCUGGAAAGAACACCCCUCUUACUUCAUCCGAGAACAACUCUUCUGAAGAUUUAAGCAUGAGCAAUCUCAAGAUCAGUACUGACCGUACAGCCACUGGUGUUUAUUCUUCUCAAGAAAGAAGCAGAGAUAUCAAGAUUGAUUCUUUCUCACUCAAUUUCCACGGUCGUGUUUUGAUUGAUAAUGCCUCUAUCGAACUCAAUUUUGGUAGACGUUAUGGUCUCAUCGGUGCAAACGGUUCUGGUAAAUCAACCUUUUUGCAAUCCCUCGCUUAUCGUGAUAUCGAAAUUCCCAACCAUAUUGAUAUCUAUCUUUUGAACGAAGAAGCUGAACCUUCUGAAAUGAACGCUGUUGAAGCUGUCAUCGAUUCAGCUCAAAAGGAAGUUGCCCGUCUUGAAAAGCAAAUUGAAGAUCUUUUAGGUGAAGAAGACGGAGGUGACAACCCCUUAUUGGACGAUAUCUACGAACGUAUUGAACAAAUGGAUCCAGCCACUUUCGAGACCAGAGCUUGUACUCUUUUAGCUGGUCUCGGUUUUGAUACGAAGCAAAUGAAAAAGAUGACCAAAGAUAUGUCUGGUGGUUGGAGAAUGCGUGUUGCCCUUGCUCGUGCCCUUUUCAUUAAGCCUACCUUAUUGCUUCUUGAUGAACCCACUAACCAUUUGGAUUUGGAAGCUACCGUUUGGCUUGAAGAAUAUUUGAAAACCUACAACCGUAUUCUUGUUAUGGUGUCUCACUCUCAAGAUUUCUUGAAUGGUGUCUGUACUAAUAUCAUGCACUUGACUCACAAGCGUAAGCUUGUGUACUAUGGUGGUAACUACGAUAUGUUUGUCAAGACCAAGGAAGAAAAUGAAGUCAACCAAGCCAAGGCUUAUGCUAAGCAACAAGAAGAAAUUGCUCACAUCAAAAAGUUUAUUGCUUCCGCUGGUACUUAUGCCAACUUGGUUAGACAAGCUAAAUCCAAGCAAAAGAUUAUCGAUAAGAUGGAGGCUGAAGGAUUGAUUGAAAAGGUUGAAAACCCUUUGCCUUUCAAAUUCUCCUUUACUGAUGUCCCCAAGCUCCCCCCUCCUGUCCUUGCCUUCCAGGACGUUUCUUUCGCUUACGAUGGUAACAUGGAUCAUUGUCUUUACAGAAACCUUGAUUUAGCCAUCGAUAUGGACUCUCGAGUUGCUCUUGUAGGCCCUAAUGGUGCCGGUAAGUCAACCUUGUUGAAGUUGAUGAACAACGAACUUAUUGCCACAGGUGGUCGUGUUCAAAAGCAUACUGCUUUGAAGCUCGGUAAAUACUCGCAGCACUCUAACGAUCAACUCGACAUGAACCUCUCGCCUAUUGACUAUAUGCGUAACAAGUUCCCUGAGGAGGGUACUGAUAUCGAACACUGGCGUCGUCAACUCGGUCGUUACGGUUUAACAGGUGCUCACCAAACCUCUUUGAUCAAGACUCUUUCUGACGGUCUCAAGUCUCGUCUUGUUUUCGCUGAAUUAGCCGUUCUUCGUCCUCAUAUCAUUUUGUUGGAUGAACCUACCAAUCACUUGGAUAUGGAAUCUAUUGAUUCACUUGCUGAUGCUAUCAACCGCUUCAGUGGUGGUGUUGUGCUUGUUUCUCACGAUUUCCGUUUGAUAUCUCAAGUCGCUAAACAGAUCUGGCGUUGUGAAAAUGGAAAGGUGACACCUUUCGAAGGUACCAUUACUGCUUACAAGGAAUCUCUCAGAAAGAAUGUCAAGUUGUAAAUUUCCUUCU